AUGGCGUCCCUAUACAACAGCGACAGUGAUGACGAUGUUCUGGAAGCGGCGGUUGUCGCAAUGCUCGUUGAUUUUAACCAUGGCAAAGCUGACCGUUCGUGCUGGGUCCGUCCCUGGAUUGCAAGACGAAGUGAUCUAGGAGCUUAUAAAGCUUUAAUGAGGGAACUUGAAGCUGAGGACACAAAAAGUUUUGUCAAUUUUUUACGCAUGGACAGAGAGAGUUUUGAUCAACUGCUGGGCAGAGUGUCACCGAUGAUAACCAAAGCUGAUACACCCAUGCGUGAUUCUAUACCCCCUGGAGAAAAACUCGCCAUCACACUUCGAUAUUUGGCCACAGGUGACAGUUACAAGUCUCUAGAAUUCUUGUAUCGGGUACCAAAGAACACAAUUUGCAAUUUCGUCCCUCAAGUGUGUGUGGCAAUUUAUGAAACUCUCAAGAAGGACUUUCUGAAGGUGCCACAGUCAGAAGAAGAAUGGCUGCAAGUUGCAGAGGGAUUUGAGGAGAAGUGGCAGUUUCCACACUGUCCAAAGCCAUUGCCUGGAAGAUGUCUUGAUACUCCCUAUGUGAUUGUUGGGGACGAUGCCUUUCCACUAAAAGAUAACAUCAUGAAGCCAUAUCCCCACCGGGACUUAGUUAUGGAGAGGAAAGGUAGUUCUUCCUGUGGAAUGGCGAUAGAUGCCUUCAAGGUGUCGUGCAUGCCCAGCUCAACAUGGCGGACAGACCAGAUACUGAUCUACUAG